CCGCGCCGAGCGUGCGCCUCGCCCUCCUCCCGCGCCCGCUCUGCUCUAGGAUGCUGCGGCAGGUUCUGCACAGGGGCUUGAGGACGUGUUUCUCCCGGCUCGGCCACUUCAUUGCCAGUCACCCUGUCUUCUUCGCCUCGGCGCCGGUGCUCAUCUCCAUCCUGCUCGGCGCCAGCUUCAGCCGCUACCAGGUCGAGGAGAGCGUGGAGCACCUGCUGGCGCCCCAGCACAGCCUCGCCAAGAUCGAGCGCAACCUCGUCAACAGCCUCUUCCCGGUCAACCGCUCCAAGCACCGGCUCUACUCGGACCUGCAGACCCCUGGGCGCUACGGCCGGGUCAUCGUCACCUCCUUCCAGAAAGCCAACAUGCUGGACCAGCAUCACACCGACCUGAUCUUAAAGUUGCAUGCUGCUGUGACCAGGAUCCAGGUUCCAAGGCCUGGAUUUAAUUACACAUUUGCUCACAUAUGUAUCCUGAAUAACGAUAAGACUUGCAUCGUGGACGACAUAGUGCAUGUCCUGGAGGAGCUAAAGAAUGCUCGGGCCACCAACCGGACCAAUUUUGCUAUCACGUACCCGAUCACUCACUUAAAGGACGGGAGGGCAGUUUACAACGGGCACCAGCUUGGAGGCGUCACCGUGCACAGCAAGGACCGAGUGAAAUCCGCAGAGGCCGUCCAGCUCACCUACUACCUGCAGUCAAUCAACAGUCUCAACGACAUGGUGGCAGAGAGGUGGGAGUCCAGCUUCUGCGACACCGUCCGACUGUUCCAGAAAUCUAACAGCAAAGUCAAAAUGUACCCUUACACGUCCUCCUCACUGAGGGAAGAUUUCCAGAAGACCAGCCGCGUAUCAGAACGUUACCUGGUCACCAGCUUGAUCCUGGUGGUCACCAUGGCCAUCCUCUGCUGCUCUAUGCAGGACUGCGUCCGCAGCAAACCCUGGCUGGGCCUGCUCGGGCUGGUGACCAUAAGCCUGGCCACUCUCACUGCGGCCGGGAUCAUCAAUCUGACUGGUGGGAAAUACAAUUCCACCUUCCUGGGAGUCCCUUUCAUCAUGCUAGGUCAUGGAUUAUAUGGGACUUUUGAAAUGUUAUCCUCCUGGAGGAAAACUAGAGAAGACCAACACGUUAAAGAGAGAACUGCAGCAGUCUAUGCAGACUCCAUGCUCUCCUUUUCUCUCACCACUGCCAUGUACCUGGUCACCUUUGGCAUAGGGGCCAGCCCUUUCACGAACAUUGAGGCAGCCAGGAUUUUCUGCUGCAAUUCCUGUAUCGCAAUCUUCUUCAACUACCUCUAUGUACUCUCGUUUUAUGGUUCCAGCCUGGUAUUCACUGGCUACAUAGAAAACAAUUACCAGCAUAGUAUCUUCUGUAGGAAAGUCCCAAAGCCCGAGGCAUUGCAGGAGAAGCCCGCAUGGUACAGGUUUCUCCUGACGGCCAGGUUCAGCGAGGACACAACUGACGGCGAGGAAGCGAACACUUACGAGAGUCACCUAUUGGUAUGUUUCCUCAAACGCUAUUACUGUGACUGGAUAACCAACACCUAUGUCAAGCCUUUUGUAGUUCUCUUUUACCUUAUUUAUAUUUCCUUUGCCUUAAUGGGCUAUCUGCAGGUCAGUGAAGGGUCAGACCUUAGUAACAUCGUAGCAACGGCGACACAAACCAUUGAGUACACUACUGCCCAGCAAAAGUACUUUAGCAACUACAGUCCGGUGAUUGGGUUUUACAUAUACGAGUCUAUAGAAUACUGGAACACUAGUGUCCAAGAAGACGUGCUAGAAUACACCAAGGGGUUUGUGCGAAUAUCCUGGUUUGAGAGCUAUUUAAAUUACCUUCGGAAACUCAAUGUGACCACUGGCUUGCCUAAGAAAAAUUUCACAGACAUGUUGAGAAAUUCCUUCCUGAAAGCCCCCCAAUUUUCACAUUUUCAAGAGGACAUCAUCUUCUCUAAAAAGUACAAUGAUGAGGUUGAUGUAGUGGCCUCCAGAAUGUUUUUGGUGGCCAAGACCAUGGAAACGAACAGAGAAGAACUCUAUGAUCUCCUGGAGACCCUGAGGAGACUUUCUGUCACCUCCAAGGUGAAGUUCAUCGUCUUCAAUCCGUCCUUCGUGUACAUGGAUCGAUACGCCUCCUCUCUGGGAGCCCCCCUGCACAACUCCUGCAUCAGUGCUUUGUUCCUGCUCUUCUUCUCGGCAUUCCUGGUGGCAGACUCUCUGAUUAAUGUCUGGCUCACUCUAACGGUUGUGUCCGUGGAGUUUGGAGUUAUAGGUUUCAUGACAUUAUGGAAAGUAGAACUGGACUGCAUCUCUGUGCUAUGCUUAAUUUAUGGAAUUAACUACACAAUUGACAACUGUGCUCCACUAUUAUCCACCUUUGUUCUGGGCAAGGAUUUCACAAGAACGAAGUGGGUAAAAAAUGCCCUGGAAGUGCAUGGGGUAGCUAUUUUACAGAGUUACCUCUGCUAUCUUGUUGGUCUGAUUCCUCUUGCAGCUGUGCCUUCAAAUCUGACCUGUACACUGUUCAGGUGCUUGUUUUUAAUAGCAUUUGUCACCUUCUUUCACUGCUUUGCCAUUUUACCUGUGAUACUGACUUUCCUGCCACCCUCUAAGAAAAAAAGGAAAGAGAAGAAAAACCCUGAAAAUCGGGAGGAAAUUGAGUGUGUAGAAAUGGUGGAUAUCGAUAGUACCAGAGUGGUUGACCAAAUUACAACAGUGUGAUAGCGUCUGCUUGUUAUAUUUUCACCCUAGGUCUUAUCAAGAGCAAAGGGAUGAUGUUAAUGGAAACAAAUUGAAAGUUGUUCUUUGGUUUUUAAGAAUAAGAAAUAGGCAUUGCCAAAAAAAGUAAAGGACAAGGUGGGGAA